GCGUAAAGGGACAUGCGGGGCGGUGGGAAGGUGGCGGCCCGGGCUAAGUCCCCGUCUCCUCCUCCCGCUCCCACUACAAUCCCUACUACGUCCUGGGCCCCGGCCGACAGGAGCGUUCCAGAAAUUAUUGGCAGUCUCCAGGAAGAUUAUUAUAAUCUAUGUAUGGAAAAGUCCAGGAAAAUUAAUUCCUUUGUAUGGCAUCUACUCCAGGAAGUGGAUGAAGAAAUUGAAAAGGGAUUGGAAGGAAUCAUAUUAAACAUUCCUGGUAACAGUCGCUUAAUGCCAGCAGAAAGAAUAACAGGUGAAGAUUUUUGGAUUCUUUCCAGAAUUUUAAAGAAGAAUCCACAUAUUAAUGGUUUGGAUGUUAGAUAUAACCUCAUGAGUGAUGUUGGUGCAUACUAUGCUGCAAGACUGCUUCAGAAACAACAUAAACUCAUUUAUUUAAAUCUUAUGUUUAAUGAUAUUGGGCCCGAAGGUGGAGAAUUGAUUGCUAAAGCACUACAUAAGAAUACAACUCUGAAAUACCUAAGAAUGACUGGAAACAAGAUUGAAAAUAAAGGUGGAAUGUUUUUUGCUGCAAUGCUGCAAAUUAAUUCAUCCUUAGAAAAAUUAGAUCUGGGUGACUGUGAUCUGGGAAUGCAAAGUGUGAUAGCAUUUGCUACAGUCCUAACUCAAAACCAAACAAUUAAGGGAAUAAACCUAAACCGACCUAUACUGUAUGGUGAACAGGAAGAGCCCACAGUUCAUCUAGGCCACAUGUUGAAAGAAAAUCACUGCCUUGUUGCACUACACAUGUGUAAGCAUAAUAUGAAAAACUGUGGAAUAAAACAAUUAUGCGAUGCACUGUAUCUGAAUAGAAGCCUACGCUAUCUUGAUGUGAGCUGCAAUAAAAUAACUCGUGAUGGAAUGGUGUGUUUGGCUGACGUACUGAAAAGCAAUACUACUCUGGAAGUAAUAGAUCUUUCUUUUAACAGAAUAGAAGAUGUAGGAGCAAAGUAUCUCAGUGAAACUCUUGCUUCACACAACAGGAGUCUUAAAGCGUUGUCAGUAGUGAACAACAACAUAAAGGGAGAAGGACUUGUUGCACUUUCACAGUCCAUGAAAACAAACCCCAUACUCUCUAAUGUCUACAUUUGGGGAAACAAAUUUGAUGAAGCUACAUGUGUGGCAUAUUCAGACUUAAUUCAAACAGGCCGUCUAAAACCAGACAAUACAGAUGUGGAGCCAUUUGUGGUGGAUGGACAUGUGUAUCUUGCAGAAGUCUCCAAUGGCCUUAAAAAGCAUUAUUACUGGAGGCCAACUUACGGAGAAGUUUGCAGUCAGUCAUCUAAUGCAGGUUCUAUUCUUGUACCAGUAGGUCCAGAUCUAUGAAAAACAAGCUCUGAAAUAAUUUUCACAUAUUUGCCUUAUGUUAAUAUUUUAUGGCCUACUACAGUUUUCAUUCAUAAAUUAGAACAAGCUACUUCUUGAAAUGUGUAAAAGAUAUAUUAAACUUUGUUUAACUGUC